AUGCCUGCCGCUUGUUCAUCAGAUGGCCAUCUGAUGAACGUUUUGGAGCGUCCACAAGCGUGUGGAUGUACUACGAGUGAGUGCGAUGGCCUCACUUGUGGUACGGUCGUUAGUACGACUGCACAAAACCUUAGUGUACCAAACGGUUACACUUCGGAGCAAAGUUCCGGCGGCUGUGAGGAAACACAGGCUGCGCCGAAGGUCCACCACUCGAAUAAGUCGGGUGGACUGGGACAAAGAUGUAUCCCUAGCGGGGAACAUCUAGAAGAGAAACAAUCGAUCGCUCAGGUUAAGCGAAACGAUAAUCCUAGAUCGACUGGAGAGUCUUUCGUAGAGGAUCUCGCUGUGGUUGCGCAACCCCAGCUAGAGGAAGUAAAGGGAAUAAGUCCCAAGAUUACAAAUACGGUGGAAAUAAGUUUCCCUAAACCCGCGGGAAUAAGUCCCCGGGAAGACGAAGGAAUAAGUCCUUCGAAGCCUGAGGGAAUAAGUCCCCAGGAAAUGACAGAGACAUUGAAUGUCAUAGUCAACUACGGAUCAAGUGUAGGCGCUUAUACACUUGAUCUGAUUGCGCCUCCGAAGUUAACUUCGGAGAUCACUCAGUUGCCAACGCUCGAACAUAAAAGGUUCUUGCGUGAUCUGCGUAGUGGCAAAGUCAAGCAGAUCUGCAUACUCGUCGCUGACGACGAGUGUGUAACCGACAUAAGGUCAGCAACAGUGUUCACUGAGAACGAGAGAGUUCUCAGUAGUUCAUCUAUGGACGAGAGUGUCCUAGAUGAAAAGACACGAAUUGAGCGAUAUGACUCCCAAUCAUGGGAAUCGCUCAAGACAAAUCCUCUCUAUGAAGAUUUGGUUGAAUUCAAGGAUGUAUUCCCUGAAACUGUUCCGUGCGAAUUACCGAAGGAUAAAGGUAUUCGACACGAGGUCGAGCUUAAACCAGGCUCGAAGUACUGUGUCAUGAAGCAGUGGCCACUGCCUCGUGAACAAGUACUUGCGAUCGACAAGUUCUUUGCCGAUCGUUUAGCUGCGGGCCAUGUGAGGGAAUCAACUUCCCCACAUAGCUCUCCGACCUUCUGUGUGCGAAAAGCAACAGGAGGGUGGCGGAUAGUGCACGCGUUCAACAAAUUGAACGCUGCAACGGUACCGGCUCAGACGCCGAUACCGAGGAAGGACGUAAUCAUUGAUGGUAUGUCAAAGAGUACCAUCUUUUCGUCCAUGGAUUUGAUGGAUGGCUUCUAUCAAAUCCUUAUGCGGGAACGGGAUAUACCCUAUACCGCAGUUAGCACCCUAGCGGCAUGCUCUGGGAAUGGCUAG